AGAGCACAAGGGGUUGUUAUCUGCGGUGGAGACUUUAACAUGCAUCUGAAUCCUAAACUAGACGUCUCUAGUGGCUGUGUGCUUUCUCCGCUGCUCUUCAUUCUGUACACUGAUGAGUGCAGAUCAACGUACCCCAACUGUCAUCUGGUUAAGUUUGCUGAUGACACAGUUCUCUUGUCCCUCCUGUCCGGCCCUUCCCUCCAUCAUGGACCCGCUCUUCAGCAGUUCAUAGAGUGGUGUGACUCUUCCUGCCUGGAGUUGAAUGUUAGUAAAACUAAGGAGAUGGUGGUGACCUUCUCCAGCAGCCAAAGGGAACUAGCGGCGGCUGUCACCACUAUGGUCCACGGUUUUCCGGUCGAGACAGUUGAGGAAUAUAAAUACCUGGGAACCAUUCUGGACUGCCAACUGAGGUUCUCUUCCAACACAGAAGGGAUCCUAAGGAAGUGCCACCAGAGGAUGUACCUACUAAGGAAACUGAACUCUUUUUCUGUCAGUCAGAACAUCUUGUUGACGUUCUAUUACACAUUCAUUGAAAGUGUUUUAGCUUGUUCUAUAUGCUGUUGGUAUUACUCCAUUACUGUACAGGAUAGGAACCGCCUGCAUAAUAUUGUCAAGGUGUGUUCUAAGAUUAUUGGACUUCCUGCUCGCCACCUGAAUACUGUGUACGAGCAGCAGGCUAGCGGCCUGGCUCGUCGAAUUCUUAAGGACUCGACUCAUGCUUUGUUCCCGGCAUUUGAGCAGCUGCCGUCUGGUCACAGGUUCCGCUGUCUGGCCUGUAAGACCCAGAGGAGGAGAGCAACCUUUGUUCCAAGUGUUAUUCUCCUCCUGAACUCUAAGAAAUCUAAGACAGUUACAAUAAUUUAAGUCUUCUGUACAAUACUCUAGUGCAAUAUCACAUGUCCUGAUGUGCAAUAUUACAAUAUCACCUUGUCACUUUAACUACAAUGCCACUCUAAUCAUAUUGUCAUCAUUUUAAUUUUAUCCACGCGUCAUUUUAUUUAUUUGUCAUAUUUUAUCU